AUGUCGAACGCUGAGAAUGCUACUCCCGACGCUGGUACCACGGCCAAUCUGCAAAAAGAUCCUGUUACAGGCGAAAUGAUCUCCAAGACAGAAUACAAGCGGCGAGAGAAACAACGUGCAAAGGAUGCUAUGAAGGCUGGUAAAGCACCUGCACCACAAGAAAGGACUGAAACAGCGGAGAAGGCAGAGAAGCCGAAGGCCGAGGAGGAACUGAAUCCGAACCAAUACUAUGAAAUGCGCUCGCGUCAAAUACUUCAGCUUAAGCAAACCCAAAACCCCAACCCAUAUCCUCACAAGUUUCAAACAACUAGGUCUAUCACGUCCUACAUCGAAAGCUACGGACCCGAAGGGAAAAUUGCGAAGGGGACGAGGGUAGAGGGUGUGCAAGAGAGAUUGACUGGUAGAAUUCACAAUAUCAGAGCGAGUGGUUCCAAGUUGGUAUUCUAUGACUUACACGGGGAGGAUAAAAAGGUUCAGAUUAUGGCCACGUUACAAGAUUCCAGCGACCCCGACAACUUCCUCGCGAACCAGGAACUUUUCAAGCGGGGAGACAUCGUGGGUGUUGUGGGCACACCUUCUCGUACCAAGUUGGGGGAGCUAUCCAUAACAGCGCAUACGAUGACCCUUCUCGCACCCAACCUCCAUUUACUCCCUUCUUCACAUUUUGGUUUGAAGGAUCAGGAGACCAGGUACCGCAAGCGCCAUCUUGACCUCAUUCUCAACGAGAACACGCGCCAGCUAUUCAAAACUCGGAGCAAGAUCAUCAAGCAAAUCCGUGAAUUCUUCGACAAGAGAGGGUUCUUGGAAGUUGAGACACCCAUCACUUCCCUCCUAGCUGGUGGUGCUACUGCCAAACCUUUUGUCACGCACCACAAUGAUCUCAACCUUGACCUCUAUUUACGAAUCGCUCCUGAAUUGUAUUUGAAGGAACUUGUGGUUGGCGGUUUGGACCGUGUUUAUGAGGUCGGAAGGGUCUUUAGAAAUGAGGGGAUUGACAUGACGCACAAUCCCGAGUUCACGAUUUGUGAAUUCUACAUGGCCUAUGCGGAUAUGUAUGAUAUUAUGGAAAUGACGGAGGAACUGAUGGAGGGUUUAGUACGGGAAAUCACCGGAGGUUCGACUCAACUUUGGUACCGCCCUGAAGGAGACAAGGGAAAGCCAUGGCUUUUGGACUUCGCAAGACCGUGGAAGCGGUACGACAUGAUCGAAACGUUGGAGGAAAAACUGGGAGUUAAGUUCCCACCUGGCGAUACGUUGCACACGGAAGAAGCGGGCAGUUUUUUGAAAGAGCUUUGCGAGAAGCAUAAUGUGGAAUGCAGCGAACCGCGAACUAAUGCUCGUUUGCUUGAUAAGCUCGUCGGCGAGUUUAUUGAGCCUCUUUGUAUCUCACCCGCUUUCAUUGUUGGUCAUCCACAAGUCAUGUCGCCUCUGGCGAAGUGGCACCGAUCUCGACCGGGCCUGUGUGAGCGAUUCGAGGCUUUCUUGUGCCAGAAGGAGAUUUGUAACGCGUAUACGGAGUUGAACGAUCCGUUCGAGCAAAGGUUGAGAUUCGAGGAACAGGUCAGGCAAAAGGAGCAGGGUGACGACGAAGCACAGGGUAUAGAUGAGACCUUUAUAGACGCUCUUGAGCAUGGUCUCCCUCCCACUGGUGGGUGGGGAUUAGGUAUCGAUCGGCUUGUCAUGUUCUUAACCAACUCUACGAACAUCAAAGAAGUCCUACUCUUCCCGGCUAUGAAGCCAAUAGAGGCCAACCCCCCACCUGCAAUUAUAGGCGGGCCGACGCCAGCACCUUCGGGACAAAUCUAG